CCUGGUUUAUUUGAGGCGUCAAAACUCGGUCACACUCUUCGGUUCAACGACAAAGUAGGAAAAAUUUCCUCUCUUGAUAAAUAUAAAAUAUUUUUACACUUUUAUAAGAGCCGCAAGGGUACUUUUUAUCCGCGUCUUCGCAGUUUUUACAGUUAAUAAAACCAACGACCUUGCCCAGUGCGUGUGCAUUUGUCACCAGUGAAAACAUUACGUAGGGGUGCAGGACGGAAGAAAGCAGGAAAAGAAAAUAUCUAAAAAUAUUUUUAAUCGCCGAGAAAGUAGCCAGCGUAUUUUAGUCGCAAAAAAUCAUUUAAUUAGCGCUACAAGGACAUAAUUAAUUAGGAAAAUGGUCUUGAAAGUCUACGUCAGCGGCAUGUCCGGCAACAAGGAGGUAAAGAAGCGCCAGCAACGCGUGCUGAUGAUAUUGGACAGCAAGAACAUCAAAUAUGACACGGUGGACAUCACGGAGCCUGGCAAGGAAUCCGAAAAGGAGCUGAUGCAGAACAAAUCGACGAGCAGUGGUGGAACGGUCAGCGACCCAGAACCCCGCCAUCCGUUGCCUCCUCAGCUCUUUAAUGACGAGGAGUACUGCGGAGAUUACGACGCCUUCGACAUGGCCAACGAGAUUGACACCCUGGAGGUGUUCCUCAAACUGGCACCCGCUGACACUACGGCUGUUUGUACCGCCCAAAUCGAACUGAAGCAGGAGAACGGUGAAGCCAAAAAGGAGGAGGCGGAAGCGGAGGAAAAGAAACCGGAAGAAGAGCAGAAACCGGAAGCUGGAGAUGGCGAUGUCAAGGAUGAGGCUGCGGAGAAGGCCGAGAAUGAAAACAAAGACGAAGAAAACAAAGAGAAAGCAGAGGGCGAUGCUGAAGGCGCUGGGGAAAAUACUGACGAAAAGACUGAAACCGCUGAGGGCGAAGAAUCCGAGGAUAAGAAAAAGGAUGAGGAAACCACAGGUAAAGGUAGAAGAAUGUCCUUAGGCACUAAUCAAAAUUUUUACCCCGAUGAAGAAAAUAAAGGUGAGAAAGAAGAAAAAUCCGAGAUAGAUGAAUCCAAAGAAAAAUCCGAGGCCGUUGAUACUGCAGAAAAAUCCGAGGCAGAUAAGGCCGAAGAAGAAACUAAAGAAAAAUCAGACGGUAAUAAGGACAAAGAAGAAGAAACUGAAGAAAAAUCAGAAGGUGAUAAGGACAAAGAAGAAGAAACUGAAGAAAAAUCAGAGGGUGAUAAGGACAAAGAAGAAGAAACAGAAAAGGAAACUGAAAAAGAAAGCGCCGAAGACAAUAAGGAUAAAAAUUCUGAAGAUGUUAAAGAAAAAUCUGAAAGCGCUGAAACCUUAGAAAAAUCCGAAGAAGUUGAAGAAAAAUCAGAGAACGAAAGUGAUAAAGACGAAACAAAGGUAGAACAUAACAAAGAGGAUGUUGAAAAUGUGGAAAAAGAAACGAAAGAAGAGAACGCCAAAGAAGAAACGGAAGUAGAGAGUGUCAAGGAAGAAACUGACGUCGAAGAAGCAGAAGUUGAGGAUGUUAAAGUUGACCCACAGGUAGAAAGUAACAAAGAAGAAACUGAAGUAGAAAAUAAAAAUGAAGAAAAUGAAGUGGAAAAUGACAAAGAAGAAACUGCACCCACAGAAGAAACUGCGGGAAAUGCAGAAGAAGACACUAAAUCCGUGGAAGAAGAAAAGACCGAUGAGGAGACGAAGGAACUCACCGAUGUAAAGAAACUUGAGGAAACUGUGGCAGAAGACACGCCCGAAAAUGAAGAUAGUAAACCGGCUGAGGAGAAUUCGUCUUCCGAAGAAAGCGAGGAAGAGGAGUAAAUGUUGACUGUUAAAAUCGACUAAACGACAACAACCGCACACUGGCAUUCGCAUCACAAACACCAAUGCACAAACACACACGCACUCGCACAUAAAAACGCACAUCUAGCCAAAUAAUACCGAACAAGUUUUGUAAAUAGAAACAAGAACCCACUAAUAACGAAUCUGGUGACGGGUAAUGAGCCCUAGACUAAGGCUAUAUGUGACUUUAAUGUAUAAUUUCUCCCCUUUCACCCAAAAAAAUGACUCGCUCCUGUCUACAAAAUCAACAA